UCCUUUUUAUUACUCUUUGAGCUUCUGCAUCGUAGAUUAUGCUGCAGACUCAUCCGUUGCGGCUGCUGUUCAAGGAUCCACGGUUGUUGCAGCGCGUCGAUGGGUGUCACGUAAACCCUUUGUCGAAUGACCUCCCAUGUCCCCGAGCUCCCUCGAGACUUCCGCAAUCAUCCUAUGGAUGUAGUACUACCCCACACUCCGACUUCAGUUUAAAGCUGAAACACACGAUUCAGCGUGGAAACCCAGAGCUUGAUAUUUCCCGUCGUUUAUCUUGACAAUCCCGGUGGUUCCUUCAAUCUCACUUCCCCAUUCCGGACUUCCCAGCGAACGCCCGGCCAAACCUUAUUUGGGAACUGCUGUAUCGCUUGCCGUUUUCGUUUCAUCUCCGUCGACUGUCAACACAAUAUGGCAGAAUCGCGCCUGCUCCGUUUUCCCGUGUCGGGAACCGAGGAUGGAGAUGAGUAUGUCGUCGUCGAGGUCGUGUCGAACGGAUCCAAACCACUCGACAUCAAACUCAAAUGUACUGAAGGGGAAGCUGUCUACUUAACCAAGAUACGUCAUAACCGGGUUGCCGAGCUCAAAGCUUCUGGCAGCCAGUGCACCAAUGAGGAAUGGCAACAGAUCUUGAUAUCAAGCUUGAUCGAUCAAGAGGGCGGCACUAGCCCUCAUGGCAUCGAGAUCAGUGCCAAGGUCCACUCACAGAUCGACGUCACGCUCAACUUUCGCAAGGACAUCGAAGGGAUCAAGAAAGCACUUGGAUCGAUCAAAUUAAAGGAGAACUCGGAGGAGGAGGAGGGCAUAUCCCCGUUCGAGUGGUGCGUUGCUGUCAUCGGGUCCCGUGCGAAGACAGCGCAGGAUCUAGCCGCGGCCAACACCAAAGCGGCCGCGCUAGAGCAUUCUGUCAACGAGUUGAAGGACCAACUAGAGGGGCUCCUCAAAGCGAAGGAAGACGACGAGACGCAUAUGCUCGAGAAGUUCAGGGACCUGUUGAACGAGAAGAAGCUCAAGAUCAGGCAGCAACAACGCCUCAUCGCAUCUGCUAACGUCGACCCCGUCAAGCUGGAGAACGUCGGCGCGAGUCAGGAUACGCUGAGGAAAGCCAAGGCUUCGAGACAAGCGAAAAGGAAGGUGGAGGAAUCAGAUAGCGAUCAGGGGUUUGAGAAAAUGGAUGUCGAUGAAAGCGGCGAAGACGAUGACCAAAAACCCGAGGUAGAUCCAUACAUGGACGAGCGACAGACAACCGACGAUGAGACGCAAAGUGAGAUGGAUGACAGUGAAGAAGCACCGCCUCUCGCAGCAAAACGAAGAGGGAAAGUCAUACCAACUCGGGCGAAAGCUGGGACCGCGAAGGGCAAAGCGAAAUUAAAGCAGUCGACACCUCCAGCUAAGUCCAAGCCGGCACUUAAACCAGCCCAGCCAGAUAAUGCGCGUGACGAUUCAGCAUCUCCACCGAGGAGGAAUCUCCCCUUCAUGAAGGGGAAGAAGGCCCCUCCGCAAUCUCAGGUAACGGCAGGCGAUGAUGAGACGGAGUCUGAUGAUGAGCUAUGAAAAGUCUAUGGCAGACCACCUGCCCUGCAUACCUUAUCUUGUUCCGAUCGUUUGCUCGUGUCAUCCUCGACAUACUUGCGUCAUAUACUUAUAUUAGGCGUUGACGUAGAUGUGGUUCUGAGUUUUGGACACAACGGCGUG